AACCCUUCCCAUGUUCAUUAACCAUUCUUCAUGCAAAAUUGUGCUGUCUUGCUCUGAAGUGCUGUGCAUCUUAGCUGCCGCUGCCCUGGAGAAGAAGUUGAGAGUUGGAUAAAGACCAUGGCAAAGAAGAGAGUGGCCAUUAUAGGUGCUGGCUCCAGUGGACUUUGUAGCAUCAAAUGUUGUUUGGAUGAAGGCCUAGAGCCUGUGUGCUUUGACAGCAGCGAUGAUAUUGGAGGACUCUGGAGGUUCAAAGAGAUUCCCGAGGAAGGCCGGGCCAGCAUUUACAACUCUGUGAUCAUCAACACCUCCAAAGAGAUGAUGUGCUUCAGCGACUUCCCCAUCCCUGAUGAUUAUCCCAACUAUAUGCACAACUCUAAGAUCCUAGACUAUUUCCGGUUGUAUGCUAAGCACUUUGAUCUUCUGAAGUACAUCCACUUCAAAACUGCUGUGCGCAGUGUAAAUAGGCGUCCAGAUUUCUCUAGCACUGGCCAGUGGGAUGUUGUCACAGAAACUGAUGGGAAGCAAGAGUCAUCUGUCUUUGAUGCAAUCUUGGUAUGCACUGGCCACCAUACCGAUGCACAUUUGCCACUGGACUCCUUUCCAGGGAUAAGAAACUUCAAAGGGGGCUAUUUUCACAGUCGUGAUUACAAGAGCCCUGAGCCAUUUACUGGGAAAAGAGUAAUUGUGAUUGGCAUUGGGAAUUCCGGCGGAGAUCUUGCUGUGGAGAUAAGCCGCAAAGCAAAACAGGUCUUCCUCAGCACUCGCAGAGGAGCAUGGAUAAUCAAUCGUGUUGGUGAUAAUGGCUACCCUGCAGAUGUGGUGCUUACUUCCCGAUAUAAUGUCAUGCGGAAACAUUUAGUUACCACCUCCAUGUUAAAUCAGUGGAUAGAGGAUAGACUGAAUGCCCGAUUCAACCAUUCCCAUUACGGCUUGAAACCUAAACACAGAUUUUGGAGUCAGCAUCCAACUAUCAAUGAUGACCUCCCAAAUUGCAUCAUUUCAGGAAAAGUACUGGUAAAACCAAAUGUUUCAGAAUUUACUGAAACGGCUGCCAUUUUUGAAGACGGCUCUAAAGAAGAGGAUAUAGAUUUUGUUGUCUUUGCCACUGGGUACAGUUUCUCUUUUCCCUUCCUUGGGAACUGCGUGAGAGUCGUCGAGAAUAAUAUUGCUCUCUAUAAAUUUGUCUUCCCUCCUCAUUUGGAGAAACCUACACUGGCUUUCAUUGGGCUUGUCCAACCGCUGGGUGCCAUCAUGCCCAUUUCUGAAAUACAAGCUCGCUGGGCCACGCGUGUGUUUAAGGGAGAUGCUACAUUGCCACCAAUAAGCGAUAUGUUGUCUGAUUUUACAAUGAAGCAAGCAUGCAUGCAAAAAAGGUAUGUGAAAAGCCAGCGACACACUGUCCAAGUAGACUACAUUGAAUACAUGGAUGAAGUGGCUUCUCAAUUUGGAGUGAAGCCCAACGUUUGGUCUCUCCUUCUGACAGAUCCCAAGCUCGCCUGGGAAAUGAUCUUUGGACCAUGCACCCCAUAUCAAUACCGUCUGCAAGGACCGGGGAAAUGGAAUCAUGCCAGGAAAGCAAUCUUGACGCAGCAUGAGCGGGUCCUGAAGCCCUUGAAAACAAGGCCCACUGAUGACUCAAAUACAGUCUUGGUGCCCCUUUGGUUAAAGAUGGUUGGCCUUCUUGUUCUUUUUGCUGCAUUAUUUGCUCAUUUUUAAAUGGUAAAGAUCUUCACUGACAAAAAGUGGAAGUAGUGAGACUCUAUCUUCUUUUUGGUUUCAUCUUUUAACAAAAAGAUAGCAUAUAUGCAUAUGCAUAUAUAUAUAUGAUAACAACACAACUCAAAAUCCAGUUAAGACAAUGUACAUUUUAUAUUCAAUCAUAGCUUCUAAUAAGUGCAAACCUAUCUUUGCCUAUGUAAGAAGUUAAAAAAUCAUUCUUUUCUAACUUUUUGUAUUAUCUGUAAUUAGCUAUGAUACUAUUAGCUGGCAUAUUAUGCUGACACAAUAGUGGGAUAGAAUGGCUGCAGGCACCAUGGUAGCAUGGAGGUUUGCAUAAAAUGUGAUCUUUGUUGGGAGGAAGUUGGCAUGCCUGAUCAUAAGCUGCUUGGAAGACAUUAUUGAUCUGGCAAUGAAAGCAGUUUCUCUUCUGUUUCCCAUAUCUCCCAUCUGGUAUGUGCCAUUCCCAAAAUUAUAAUGCUUCCAGGCACUGUACUAUCAGUGUUUACAGAAAUUGUACUUUUCUCAUAAAUUCCUAUUUUCUAUCAUGGCUUUGUCAGCUCAGAUGGUAAUUGCAAAAAACUGGGAAAAAUACAGUGGGAUUUUCAGUUGUAGAACCAAUAAGUAAAUAAAUUAUGGAAUGUGACAUUAACUGCAAAACUAAGCAAAAAGUGUUAGAAAUGCUACCCAGCAACCUGGUUUCUCUUUAUUUCUUUUAUCCAGAAAAGCAAAAAUAUGUUUGUUCCUCCAACUACUCAUUUAAGUUUAUGGAAUGAUGAACUCAUGACGCAUGGUGCAUGGAACGAUGUAUUGAUGAUUUUAUACAGUUUUAUGUAAUUCAACUGUGUGGUUGAGUUUGAUUUUCAAAUGAAUGUGUGUUCCCCAUUUCUGUUUAUCUUAAAUUUAAUAAAAUUACUGAGUAAAAAAAGAAA